UACUACACCUCAUGAUUUACGCUUUACUGUUUUACGUGGGAGGAUCUUCUCAAGUUAACUUUAAAAAAGAACCCAGAAAUUUUAAAAGCCCUCUUACAUGUCCCUCUGGGGCAUAUUUAAGCGGACAAAAUUGUACUGUUUCUGCAACGGCCAGUCUACGCGCUGCAAUAAUGAGACUGGCCAGUGCUUCUGCGGAGUUGGUUCUACAGGAUUCAACUGCUCCAUGUGUUUUUCUAAUUACUUUGAAGGUGACCCCACAAAAGAAGGGGGCCAUUGCUAUUUUUUGGCCUCUGGGAACACUAUAUACGAACUAACUCUUACUCAGGAAGUUCCCAAAAGGUAUUAUAGAUUCUAUCCGCCACGACGGCUGAAAGGUGUAAACAUCACCUUUAGUUCCUCUGGAAAGAAUUUCGAAAGCAAAGUUUUGUUAACGCUAAUUGCUACAAAUGAAUAUGGAAAAACGAAUACAAUUGUCUUUCAAGAAGUGAGCUUUUAUUCCGAAUAUAUUUCUUACGAUAGAGCUUUUGCGAAUGCUCCGCCCCUCUCCUUCGACCUUGAACUUCUUCUGGCUAGCCCUCAUGAGAAUGAUGCAGUAGAUGCCAUAUUGUUGUGUUCGUAUAACUUACCUGAAAAAAGUGUUGCUCAGCUGUUAAUUCCUUUUUUUCUAAUUUUUUUCGGAUCUACCCUGUUAAUUCUUCUUUGCUUUAAGAUAUGUGUUUAUUAUGAUACUCGUCGGAGGAAAAUAAAACGAAAGCGACUAACGAAAGCCUUAAUGAGACGUCCGUAUUCUUCUCUAGCAGUUAAUAACGAGUUGACACCUUCAACUGUGAGCCUUGAGUAUUUAAAAGACAAUGAAACGGCAAUUAAGACGAUACUUAUUGAGCUUCCUGCAUCAGCCGACCUUCGCUUUUUGGCUUUUGGUUGUUCUUUGGUUACUGUUGCAGAAGGUAAAUACCAAGACAACGCUGUUUUCGCUAUACUUUUCAAAAUGCACAUCUUAGCCAUUGUGUUGUAUAGCUAUUUAUUAUAGUUUCUUAGUUCUUUUUAAUGUUUUUAUUAGAUUCA